AUGUCCAGGCCCCUCAUCCGCACCCUCACAACCACAACACGACGCUCCAACUCCUCCCUACACAAUGUCUCCCAAUCACACUCCUCGGUUCUCCCACCGAUUGAAAAACUCCUCUGGCGACACGGCGAGGAUACCAUGAUCGAGGAGUUUCGACGACGAGCUUUUAUCCCGGAAACGCCUGUUUUGAUAACGAGUGAGGAUCCUGCGAGGGGGGUUUGGGAUGGUGUGGUGGGGGCGGGGAGGAAGUGGUUUGUGUCUGAGUCUGGUGGGGAGUCAAAGGUGGUUCUGGAGUACCUGGGCAGGUUUGGAGAAACGAUAUUACCUUAUGAACUUGUUCUACCUGAGAAUCUUGAUGGGGAUGUGAAGUGGGGGAAAGAUGUUGAAGAGGAGAAUAUAUCCAAGAUCCUCGCGCUUGUCGCACAGAGAAAACCACAAACACAACAUGAAUCACCAUUACUUAACGAAGCCAUCUCCACCCUCUACAGCCAAACCACCCCCUCCCAAACCUUCCACCGCUUCCACGCGCCUCUCUCGCUCCUCCUCUAUGCCUCCAUCUUAACAUCCACCUCCACCUCCACCUCCCAAUCCUCUAUCCCUCAACCUACAUUACAAAACCUCUACAUCGCCCAAGCCCAACUCCUCGACCUCCCCCCAGAGCUCCGCGCCGACCUCCCACUUCCCUCCCUCGUCCUCCACGCCGGCAAGGGCGAUCUCUACGAUGCGAAUCUCUGGCUUGGUAUCCCGCCUACCUACACGCCUUUGCAUGCGGACCCGAAUCCGAAUUUGUUUGUGCAACUUGCGGGGCGGAAACGGGUGAGGCUUUUUCCUAAGGAGGUGGGGAGGGGGAUGUUGGGGUUAGCUAGGGGGAAUGGGGGUUUUGGGGGGAUUGGGAUUAGAGGUGAGGAGAUGAUGGAGGGUAAGGAGAGGAGGGUUUUGGAUGGAUUGGUUUGGGGGGGUGAUGAGAGUGGAAAGGGACGAGAGGUGGUUGUAAGGGAGGGGGAGGGGUUGUUUGUUCCGAGGGGGUGGUGGCAUUGUGUUGUUAGUGUGGGGGAGGGAGUUAAUGGGAGUGUGAAUUGGUGGUUUAGGUGA